CCCGUGUGCCUGCCCCCGCCGGCCGGGGGUGGCGAGGCCCGCGCCGCCAUGAACUUGGCCAGCCAGAGCGGCGAAGCCGGCAACGGGCAGCUGCUCUUCGCCAACUUCAACCAGGACAACACGUCCCUUGCUGUUGGCAGUAAGUCGGGCUACAAAUUCUUCUCUCUUUCUUCUGUGGACAAAUUAGAGCAAAUCUAUGAAUGCACUGACACAGAGGAUGUGUGCAUUGUGGAGAGACUCUUCUCCAGUAGUCUGGUGGCCAUAGUUAGCCUUAAAGCUCCACGCAAGCUGAAAGUUUGUCACUUUAAGAAGGGGACUGAGAUUUGCAACUACAGCUACUCCAACACCAUCUUGGCUGUGAAACUCAAUAGACAGAGGCUGAUAGUAUGUCUGGAAGAGUCUCUUUAUAUACACAACAUACGAGACAUGAAGGUAUUACACACGAUCAGGGAGACGCCUCCAAAUCCCGCAGGACUGUGCGCAUUAUCGAUAAACAAUGACAACUGCUACCUGGCUUACCCAGGGAGUGCAACUAUUGGAGAAGUACAGGUCUUUGACACCAUCAAUCUGAGAGCUGCUAAUAUGAUCCCAGCUCAUGACAGUCCCUUGGCUGCUUUGGCAUUUGACGCAACUGGUACUAAACUUGCCACUGCAUCAGAAAAGGGGACAGUGAUCAGAGUAUUUUCCAUUCCGGAGGGGCAGAAACUCUUUGAAUUCCGAAGAGGAGUGAAGAGGUGUGUGAGCAUCUGUUCGUUGGCUUUCAGCAUGGAUGGCAUGUUUCUGUCUGCAUCCAGCAACACGGAAACAGUGCAUAUCUUCAAACUUGAGACUGUGAAAGAAAAACCUCAGGAAGAGCCUACAACCUGGACGGGCUACUUUGGAAAAGUGCUCAUGGCCUCCACAAGUUAUCUGCCCUCUCAAGUCACAGAAAUGUUCAACCAGGGCAGAGCCUUUGCUACGGUCCGCCUGCCCUUCUGCGGACACAAAAACAUCUGCGCACUUGCUACAAUUCAGAAGAUCCCUCGUUUAUUGGUGGGAGCUGCUGAUGGGUAUCUCUACAUGUAUAACCUAGACCCCCAAGAGGGAGGAGAGUGCACACUAAUGAAGCAGCACAAGCUGGACGGCAGCAUGGAGCCGGCGAACGAGAUCUUGGAGUCCGCCUCCCACGACCGCCCGUUGGUAGCACAGACGUACAGCGCUGCCGUGACUAAAGGUACAUACGUGCCUUCCUCACCCACCAGGCAUGCCUAUACAGAUGACCUGGGUGCUGUGGGUGGAGCUUGCCUGGAAGAUGAAACCAACUCACUUAGAUUGGAUGAAGACAGCGAACAUCCCCCCAUGAUUCUUCGGACGGACUAAACUUUGACCUGUGAACUCACUCCUGAAGCAGAGAACACUGGCUUGAUGUUUCUUGAGGAAUCUCGUGUUAUGCUGCUAUGAACUUUGACAUGAGCUGGGAGAGAGGAUGACAGACUCUUAAGUUUUAAAAGUCGUAGCUGUAGUCCUAAUUCUAUACCAUUGGAAAAAAAUAUAUGAUUUUCAAUUCAGUGGCUUUUAAUCUUGCUUAUCUAUUUUAGCUGUGGGGUUUUUUUUGUUGCCAAAACCUGCUGUUUGUGCAGCCCUCCGAGCCUACUAGCUUUGCAUGCAUUCAUGUGCCAAGCAAGCAUAGGAGAGGGAGAGAGAAAGA